AGGCGGGAGCGGCUCGCUUGGGCACAGCUGCCGCAGCGGCUCUUUCUGCACAAGCGGAGUGCGAGGCAGGCAGGCGCCCCAGCAGCCCGGGAAAGCCGUCGGGAGAGGCAGCCGGGCGGGUGAAUGAUCCCGGCUUUCGGAGGUAGCUGCGUGGAAGAAAUCGGGGGACGCCAUGGAAGUCAAUGCAGGUGGUGUGAUUGCUUACGUCAGCUCUUCAAGUUCAGCCUCUAGCCCUGCCUCGUGCCACAGCGAGGGAUCAGAGAGCAGCUUCCUGUCCUCGUCACCUGUACCGCACUCACCAAACAGUUCCUCUUCAGACGGCAGCUGCAGCAGCAAGAGGAAAGGGGGCUCUGAUGGAGUACCAAAGAAUCACCAGUUGGAUGACGGCGUUAAGGCCAGCCAGCCCAGUGUAACUGCAUUGACCAAGGGCCAUGGUGGACUUACAAAAUUUAAUGGCAUGGUCCUGCUGUGCAAAGUCUGUGGAGAUGUUGCUUCAGGAUUCCACUACGGCGUCCAUGCCUGUGAGGGGUGCAAGGGCUUUUUCAGAAGAAGCAUCCAGCAAAAUAUCAAAUACAAGAAGUGCCUGAAGAAUAAUAACUGCUCUAUAAUGAGAAUGAAUAGGAACAGGUGCCAGCAGUGCCGGUUCAAAAAAUGUUUGUCGGUUGGGAUGUCAAGAGAUGCCGUUCGAUUUGGCCGGAUUCCUAAACGUGAGAAGCAGAGGAUGCUGAUUGAGAUGCAAAGCGCCAUGAAAACCAUGAUGAACACCCAGUUCAGCGAUCAUUUGUCCAACGAAGCCUCGAGGGACAGCCAAGAACCUUUGCUUCUGCUGCCUCAAGAAGAGCAGGAAAACGCCGGCGGCCAUUCUUCUCCUUCUCCUGUUCUCCCCCUCCCCCCACCUCCCCCUCCCGCCUCUGACAUUGCUAAGGAAGAAGUGAUUGGCAUGGUGACCAGAGCCCACAAAGAUACCUUUAUGUACAACCAGGAGCAACCCAAAAACCCUCCCACUCCUGGGCAGCCCCAGAAUACGGAGAGAAACCUCAAGUACAGUGGUGGUUGUGGUGAAACCAGUAAUAGUGGCAUAAGCAGCGCCCAUCAUGGUGGGAAUGAACAACGUUUCAUUGGACAGCGCAAAGGGCGAAACAACAUGCAUUAUCCAAAUGGGCAUAGUAACCUUUGCUUUACAAACAGCCAUUCUGUGAACUUGGCUAAUGGCGCCGCCUCAAAAAGUUGCAAUGGUAGGCCUCAAAGUGGCUUUCCUCAGCACGUGUCUAUGAACGCCUACCCCUGCAACCCCGGAGAAAGGAUGCACUUGGUUUGCCCAAUGAACAAGACCCCUUUUGUGGACCCAAAUAAGUCUGGUCAUGAAGUCUGGGAAGAAUUUUCCAUGAGCUUUACUCCUGCUGUGAAGGAAGUGGUGGAGUUUGCCAAACGUGUCCCAGGUUUCCGAGACCUUUCACAACAUGACCAAGUAAACCUUCUGAAGGCUGGAACCUUUGAGGUUUUAAUGGUACGGUUUGCAUCCUUAUUUGAUGCAAAGGAUCGCACUGUCACUUUUCUUAGUGGAAAGAAAUACAGUGUGGACGAUCUGCGUUCAAUGGGAGCUGGUGAUCUGCUCAACUCCAUGUUUGAGUUUAGUGAGAAACUAAAUGCCCUGAACCUUAGUGAUGAAGAAAUGAGCUUGUUUACAGCUGUGGUCCUUGUGUCUGCUGAACGAUCGGGAAUAGAAAAUGUCAACUCGGUGGAAGCGUUGCAAGAAACACUAAUCCGUGUGCUUAGGACCUUAAUCACAAAAAACCAUCCGAACGAAGCCUCUAUAUUUACAAAACUGCUCUUGAAGUUGCCUGACUUGCGUUCCUUAAACAACAUGCACUCUGAGGAACUCCUGGCCUUUAAAGUUCACCCAUAGGCUUUUACCUCUUUUGUUUAUAGAAUGGACUUGCUUUCUGUCAAUUAACUGUGGUUAUUUCAUGCUAUAAAAUGUUUAUUUAUAUG